GUCAAGGGCAUCCGCGCGAACAAGCGCGAGCCCGGCGCGUUCAUCUCGCAGGCCAUCGCGGAAUGCAAGCAGGAGCUGCGGAACGUGGACCCCUACGUCAAGGCCCAGGCCGUGCGGAAGCUGACGUACCUGCAGAUGAUGGGCUACGACGUGUCGUGGGCGUCGUUCGCGAUCGUCGAGACGAUGUCGCAGGCGCGGUUCGCGCACAAGCGCAUCGGCUACCUCGCGGCGUGCCAGUGCUUCAGCGAGUCCACGGACGUCGUGCUGCUGACGACGAACCUGCUCAAGAAAGAGUUCCAGAGCACGUCGCAGUACGAGGUGGGCCUCGCGGUCAACUGCCUCGCGAACAUCGUCACGAAGGACCUGGCCCGCGACCUGCUGCAGGACUCCGUGCUCCUCAUGUCCCACAGCAAGCCCUACGUGCGCAAGAAGGCCGUGUCGUCCAUGUUCAAGCUCUUCGUCAAGUACCCGCAGGGCCUGCGCCUCACCUUCGAGAAGCUCAAGGAGCGGUUGGCGGACGGCGAGCCGGCCGUGACGUCGUGCGCGGUCAACGUCGUCUGCGAGCUCGCGAACAAGAACCCGAACAACUACCUCUCCAUGGCGCCCCAGUUCUUCCGGCUGCUGACGACGUCGUCGAACAACUGGAUGCUCAUCAAGGUCGUCAAGCUCAUGGGCGCGCUCGUGCCCCAGGAGCCGCGGCUCGCGCGGAAGCUCCUGGAGCCGCUCGCGACGAUCAUCCAGAACACGGCGGCCAAGUCGCUCCAGUACGAGUGCAUCCACACGCUGACCUUAGCCUUACCGUUCACGAAGAAGGCCGACGGCACGGAGAGCCGCAACGUGCCGGGGGUCGUGCGAUUGUGCGCGGACCACCUCCGCCAGUUCAUCGACGACGCGGACCAGAAUCUGAAGUAUCUGGGGCUCGUGGGCUUCGUGGAGCUCAUGAAGUCGCACCCCAAGGCCGUCGUCGAGCACAAGGAGCUCGUGCUGCUCUGCCUGAGCGACGACGACGUGACGAUCCGCACGCGGGCUUUGGAGCUGCUGACGGGCAUGGUGACGCGGAAGAAUUUGGAGGAGCUCGUCGUCAAGCUGCUGGCGCACGUGAACCGCGCCGAGGGCGCCUACCGCGACGAGCUCAUCUCGCGCAUCGUCCACAUGUGCAGCCGCGACAAGUACUCCUACCUGUCGGACUUUGUCUGGUACCUCUCCGUCCUCGUGCGGCUGGCGCACCUCCGGGGGUCCGCGCACGGCGCGCUCCUCGCGGAGCAGCUCGUGGACAUCACGAUGCGCGUGCGGCCCGUGCGGCGCUACGCGGCGCGCGACAUGGUCUGCCUGCUGCUCGACGACAAGCUCGCCGUCGGCCAGGGCCUGGAGUCGAUCGCGGACGUGCUGUCCGCGGCCGCGUGGAUCGCGGGCGAGUACGCGGCGGAGCUCUUCGACGACGACGACGACGACGACGACGACGAGGACGACGACGACGGCGACCUGCCCAAGUUCCCCAAGGAGCGGCCGCGGUACCGCGUCGUCGACAUCCUCACGCACCCGCGCGUGACGAAUUUGCCGGCGCGCGUGCAGAACGUCUACCUCCAGAACGCGCUCAAGGUGCUGGCCCUCUUCUGCGACGACGACGACGGCGACGACGGCGAGCUCGAGGACUGCCUGACGCUGGCCGCGCGGCGCCUCGACGUCUUCCUCCAGUCGGUCCACGUCGAGGUGCAGGAGCGCGCGACGGCGUUCCGCGGGCUGUUGGUCGCUUUUGGCGCAUUAAAGCCCACGGAGCGCUUGGCCGCGGCGGGCUCGCUGUCGGCCAUCGCCGCGGAGAAGAUGGUGCCCGUGAACCCCAAGGCCCAGGGCCGCGUGCCCGCGCCCGCGGACAUCGACCUGGGGCUGGCGCUCAAC